AUGCAAAAAUCGAAGAUUUUAGAAGUGCUGUGGUUAGCAGACGAAGCCGGGCUGUUAGACGAGCCAUCGGAGAGGAAGUAUUGGGUUCACCCAUUAAUUGAAAAUCGGGAAAAUUCUAAAAAGUUUCUAGUGUUUUAUAGUGAUUUGAGAAAAUAUCCAGAAAAGUUUUUUGACUAUUAUCGAAUGUCCAUUAAUUCAUUUGAUGAACUUUUGCAAAAAGUGCGCGAAUCAUUAACUAAAAGUUAUACUCAACUUCGCAAUCCAAUAACUCCAGAAGAACGGUUAACAGUGACAAUAAGGUAUCUAUCUACUGGAGUGAGCUUUUCUGCACUGCAUUAUGAUUUCCAUAUAGGAAAAAGCACUAUAUCUGGAAUAGUGAGAAAAACGUGCCAGGUAAUAUGGUCAACUCUAAAACCAACAGAAAUGCCUGAGAUUAUAAAAGAUAAGUGGUUGGAAAUUGCUGACGUAUUUUAUUUGAAAAAUAAUUUUCCUAACUGCUUAGGAGCAAUUGACGGGAAACAUAUACGGUGCAAAAAUCCUAAAAAUUCGGGUUUUCUUUUUUUUAAUUACAAAAAGUAUUUUUCUGUUAUGUUGAUGGCUGUCGUAGAUGCUAAUUUACAAUUUAUUACUAUCGAUGUUGGAGCUUACGGCAAAGACGGGGAUUCAAACGUGUUUAAAAAUAGCAACUUCGGAAAAUUGUUGUAUUCGAAUAAACUUGACCUUCCAGAACCAGCUUUAUUACCAGAAACAGAAAGCAACCCUCAACCUUAUGUUUUUAUUGGUGAUGAAGCAUUUGCGCUUCAUACACACUUGUUAAGGCCUUAUUCUGGACGAAAACUCACAGAAAUUGGUAGAGUGUUCAAUUAUAGGUUAUCCAGGGCACGCCGAAUGGUAGAGUGUGCAUUUGGUGUAUUGGCUAACAAAUGGCGAGUAUUUCACACUCCAAUUCAAGUAGAACCCGAUUUUACGGAUGACAUUAUAAAGGCAUGUUGUGUCUUACACAAUUUUGUACGUAAAAGAGAUGGAACCAAUUUUGAAAACUCAGAAACAAUCUCGCUUGAAGAUAUCGAAGUUCACGGAACUGUGACACGAUCUCAAGGUAUUGAGAACAUGGAUAUCAAUUUCGAAACUGGAUUUUCGCUGUCUGAGGCGUUAGACAUUUUGUACAAUGACAUAGAUGCAGACGAGAUAUAUAUCGAACCACCUGAACCAUGUGUACAAACUGAUGAAGAUUCCGGGGAUGAAAACAAUGGCGAAGUAGACAACCUAUCAGCACGCCAAUUACGAACUAAAGCAGAAAUUAAAUUAGCCAAUAAUAAGAGGUACGGCGGUAUUGGUGAUGAUAAUAUUGGUCUAGAAAACAUUUUGAGCAGUAAAUCUGUGACAUCGAGUGAACAAUAUAAACACGUAAGCACGAAAAGUAUAGAUGAGUGGAUGAAAAAAAUAAAAACUGGUAAGAAAUCUUUUACGUGGAUAAAAGGGGGAGAUUUUGAAGAGCUUCAAAAGAACUUUCCUCAGCCUGAUUUUUCAAGUUACAAAAACUUAUCUAUUGUAGACAUUUUUGAAACUUUUUUGGAUUACGACAUAAUUAAUUAUCUUGUGGCUGAAACUAGACGUUAUGCACUUUUUUUAAAUUGUCCAGAUCCACAUAUAACACAUGACGAAAUUCGAUGUUUUAUUAGUAUUUUAUACCUUAGUGGAUACAAUAAAUUACCUACAAAAAAGUCGUUUUGGGACUCUAUGGAUGAUAUGAAAAAUGAGGCUGUCUGUAAUGCAAUGCGCCGUGAUAGAUUUUUGCAAAUAUGUCGCUUUAUUCAUUGUGCUGAUAAUACACAAAUUGAUGCUAAAGAUAAGGCUUAG